CCGGCGUGCGUGCGGCGGGCUCGGGGCCGGGAGGCCGCGACUCCGAGUUGAGCCCCGCCGGGUCGCGCCGGGGCGAGGGGAUCUGGAGUGGGGCCGGGUGGACUGGCGACUCUGGAGGGCGCAGGAUCCCAAGGAGACAGAGAGGACGAGAGCUGGAGGGGGAUCGCAAAUUGGCGAGAGCGCUUCGUCGGGUGGGGUAGGAAAAGAGGGAGCGUACCUGGAGGGGAGACCGUGUGAAACUGGAGCUUGGAGGGGAGCCCAGGGCGCGCGUGGGCGAGACGGGAGACACGGUGCACGUUGUGUGAGGUCUGGUCAGUCGGUAAGAUCCGGAGGUGUGACUUUCCCAGCUGGGAGAGGUGGGUUGAGAAGGAAGGCUCGGUGGGGAGAAGGGGCCCUAGGAAGACGCCUAGGGGUCGCCAGCGGGUGGAGGAGAGUUGGGAUCCAGCGCCAAGUGGCGAACAGGCAGAGCGGAGGUGAUUGAGUAGGCAGUGGGGCAGGUGGGCUGAGGUGAGAGGCUGGUAUAAGGAAGUGAAGCAGGGGCCAGGUGGAGGUGAGGAUGAGUCGAGUCUAGCUGGAGAGGCAUCUCAGAAGUAAGACCAGUGCAGACAGAGUGGUCCCAGGGCGGGAACCCCACACUAGGGAGAAGGCUCAGUCAGGGGUUGUCUCCCUCCUCCAUGGGGGAGGCCUCUACCUGGUGGUCCCUGGAGCCAUGCUGUCCCGCAAAGGCAUCAUCCCCGAGGAGUAUGUGCUCACGCGACUAGCGGAAGACCCUGCAGAGCCCCGGUACCGUGCCCGUGAGCGGAAAGCCCGCUUCGUGUCCAAGAACGGCAACUGCAACGUGGCCCACAAGAACAUCCGGGAGCAAGGCCGCUUCCUACAGGACGUGUUCACCACGCUGGUGGAUCUCAAGUGGCCAUACACACUGCUCAUCUUCACCAUGUCCUUCCUGUGCAGCUGGCUGCUCUUUGCCAUGGUCUGGUGGCUCAUCGCCUUCGCCCACGGUGACCUGGCCCCUGGCGAGGGUGCCACUGUGCCCUGCGUCACCAGCAUCCACUCCUUUUCGUCUGCCUUCCUUUUCUCCAUUGAGGUCCAGGUGACCAUUGGUUUCGGCGGGCGCAUGGUGACCGAGGAGUGCCCUCUGGCCAUCCUGAUCCUCAUUGUGCAGAACAUCGUGGGGCUCAUGAUCAACGCCAUCAUGCUGGGCUGCAUCUUCAUGAAGACGGCUCAGGCCCACCGGCGGGCCGAGACCCUCAUCUUCAGCAAGCAUGCAGUCAUCGCCCUGCGCCACGGCCGCCUCUGCUUCAUGCUGCGCGUGGGCGACCUCCGCAAGAGCAUGAUCAUCAGCGCCACCAUCCACAUGCAGGUGGUGCGCAAGACCACCAGCCCUGAGGGUGAGGUGGUCCCCCUCCACCAGGUGGACAUCCCCAUGGAGAAUGGUGUGGGGGGCAAUAGCAUCUUCCUGGUGGCCCCGCUCAUCAUCUACCACGUCAUUGACGCCAACAGCCCGCUCUAUGACCUGGCGCCCUGCGACCUGCACCACCACCAGGACCUUGAGAUCAUCGUCAUCCUAGAGGGUGUGGUGGAAACCACGGGCAUCACCACCCAGGCCCGCACCUCCUACCUGGCCGAUGAGAUCCUGUGGGGCCAUCGCUUUGUACCCAUUGUGGCCGAGGAGGAUGGCCGCUACUCCGUGGACUACUCCAAGUUUGGCAACACUAUCAAAGUGCCCACGCCACUCUGCACAGCCCGCCAGCUUGAGGAGGACCCCAGCCUGCUGGAUGUCCUGACCCUCGCCCGCGGGCCCUUACGCAAGCGCAGCGUGGCCGUGGCCAAGGCCAAGCCCAAGUUCAGCAUCUCUCCAGACUCUCUGUCCUGAGCUCUGCUCCCUUGGGCUCCUUCUUUAUGUGUGCGCACGCCAGUGUGGCAUGGUAUGUAGAGCGGACAUGGUGUGGGCCCCUCGGCCAGGCCAGAACCUGGUGUGAGGCUGGGCCCUCCAGCUCAGCCUCCCUGCCUGCUGCUCGCCCAGGGUGUUACAAAGCACUUGUCACUACUCUAUUUCUGGCCUCAGCAGGAGCCUGCACUGGGUUAUUUUUGUCCCUGCUCCUCCCAGCCCCAACUCAGGACUGGCUUGUCCCCUUCCCCUGCCCCAGACUGACAGCUGUGGAAUGGGUCAGGCCCUAAAGUUGGGUCUUCAUCUAGUCCUGGGCCUCCACGACUGACUGGCCGCAAGAUGGGCAAGGUGGCUGGGGAGAACAGGCGCCAAAUUGGAGGCCCGCUGCCCUGUUUCUGUGGCCCCAAGAGAUGCCUGUGGUGAGGCCCCAGCCCCUACUUGGUCCCUGAAAAAGUGAUGGCCGAAAGGGUGGGCCUGGUCUGCUAGGGAGGGCAGGCGACGAGUGAGCACAGUCGAGCUGGAGGGUUGGAGAUGUGGAGCCCCCGCCCCCCAGGCAGGCUCUGCAGAGAGGAGACGGCACCGAGGGGCUUAGCUUUCUGAGCCCUGCUCAGGCUCGGGGAGGAGCGAUAGGCCUCUUGCCUCUGACCUCAAAGCUUCUUUAACGGGGCUCCAUGGCCCAGGGCUGCUGCACCUGCCUGUUCCCAUUCUGUCCCCCACCCUGGGAGGCUGUGGACUGAAAGAGGCUGAGAGAGACGGGGGUCCUGGGCCCACCACAGGCCUGGCUCCCCACCAGUGGCUGCCACUCACUUUGUCAAGAGGGUGGCCUUAGAGAGCCUUUGGAUUGCUAGGAAAGGAAAUGUUGGAAAGCACAGGAUGGUGGGGGUGGGUGAGGUCCCUGAGGCAAAAAGGCCGUUGAUUGUGACCGGCUUGACCCCAAGCCAGACUCUUGGAGCAGUGCUACGCGUACUUGCCCAGAAUUCUGCCUUCUUUGUCGUCAAUAAAGCCUACCCCUUUGUGACCUAAA